CAACGUCAAUCGUUAAUCGAACUUUUUUUUCUCACAGUACAGUAAAAAUACGUCAAUCAAAGAAAUGGUGUGACAAAAAAAUUAUUGUUCUUUAUUAUCUUUCCCUCUACAUAUUUUAUUUUAUAUAGUGACCACGAAAUAGUUUCUUGGGAUCGUAAUGUCGAUUUAAUAAAUAUUUCGUAAAUGACAAUCGAUCGCGUCAUCGUGCAAUAUUGUACACAAAUUCACCUAAUCAUGUUUUCGCGUAAAAUUCAUUAGCAAAUCAAGCUCAAAGUAGACGUAAUUUCCUAGUUAUAUAUUCCCCUCCCAAUCAUGAAUUUCGACGAUAGCACCAGUAGCGGAUACGUUACGGCGGAGACGAUAUACGGCACGCACGAAGACAGUCAUGUAGUUAUGUCUGAGAAGGUGCAGUCGCUGGCGGGGAGUAUUUACCAGGAGUUCGAGCGUAUGAUAGCGCGAUACGACGAGGAUGUGGUGAAGACGUUGAUGCCGCUGCUGGUGAACGUGCUGGAAUGCUUGGACUCCGCGUAUCAGACCAACCAGGAGCAUGAGGUGGAGCUGGAGUUGCUGCGUGAGGAUAACGAGCAGCUCGUCACGCAGUACGAACGCGAGAAGGCUGCGAGGAAGCACUCGGAACAGAAGUUGCUUGAAGCGGAAGAUCAUUAUGAAGGGGACAGAAAAGACUUGACGGGGAGACUAGAAGCACUGGACAGCAUUGUUCGCAUGCUGGAGUUAAAACACAAGAACUCACUGGAUCAUGCAAGCAGACUGGAAGAGAGAGAAAAUGAACUUAAGAAGGAAUAUGCAAAACUCCACGAGCGGUACACGGAGCUGUUCAAAACGCAUAUGGAUUAUAUGGAGCGUACCAAACUUCUGCUCAGCACCGCGGGUGAUAGGAACGAAGUACGAGGAAGGCUUGGUCUGAAUCCUGUUGGCAGAUCUAGUGGUCCAAUAUCAUUUGGCUUUGCUUCACUGGAGGGUUCCAUGAAUGUGGUGGAGCAGACAGAGAGUAUCGCCGGCAGCCCCGUGAGCCUCUCGUCCUCGCCUCCAUCACCGAUAGGUACCGAACUGGCUGCUGUGAAGACAGUGGAGCGAGCUCAUCAAACAGAGCCCAUUACUCAACAAAGCCAAGCGACGUCUCCCGUGGCGCCGCCUAACUCGAACACUGGGAAGUCUCAGACGAAGAGCGAGAAACGAAGCGCCAACACCCUGUAUCAGGAGUUGGCUUUCAACGACAACGAGGGUAACAUUGGCGAGGGCGACGACGGUGGCGAUAUUACAGGUAGCUGGGUUCAUCCAGGAGAGUAUGCUUCAUCAGUUAACGAUAACUACUUUGGCAUGGGCAAAGAGGUGGAAAAUCUCAUAUUGGAAAACAACGAACUGCUGGCUACCAAGAACGCACUGAACGUGGUGAAAGACGACCUGAUAGUUAAGGUGGACGAACUGACUGGUGAGCAGGAGAUACUACGUGAGGAAGUAAGAAACCUCUGUGGAGCUAGGGAGAAGCUGAAAGACCGCGUUAGAGAGUUAGAAGAGGAGUUGCGACAUCUGAAGGAGACAGUAAGCACUAACGCCGGUGGUGGUGAGAAUGAAGAUGAAGCUGACGUGCCCAUGGCCCAGAGACGCCGGUUCACCAGGGUCGAGAUGGCACGGGUACUGAUGGAGAGGAACCAGUAUAAGGAGCGUUUCAUGGAGUUGCAAGACGCCGUGCGCUGGUCGGAGAUGGUGCGCGCGAGCCGGGUCGAGGGUAUGGACAAGAAGAAGGGCAUCUGGAAGUUUUUUAGCAACCUUUUUCAGUCGAGCGAGCGGCCCCAGCGCCCCCUCUCCACCCCUCACAUGAGGGCGGUGACGGCGCCGCAGACCUCCCUGCGACACUCCCGGACAUCAGACUUCCUGGAGACGCAGCUCACUGACCACCACCACCGACGGCAUGAGCGCAGCGAGCAGUUUCGACAGGUCCGAGCGCAUGUGAGGAAGGAGGACGGCCGGACUCAGGCGUACGGCUGGAGUCUGCCCGGCAAGAGCGGUCAGGGCCCGAAGGGCUCCAACCCCAUAUCACUUUCGUCCGGCGGCGUACCCGUACCCGUGCCUAUAUUCUGCAGGCCAAUAGCUGAGAACGAGCCGCAAAUGAAGUUGCUGUGUGCUGCGGGCGUCAACCUCAACGGCGGUCGCACGCCGGACGGCGGGUGUAUGAUCGGCGAGAGCGUCUUCUACGCUAAGGACGAGAAAACUGAUAAUACUAUGUGUCUGGCGUACGAGAUGAGCAAAGCGACGUUGGGCUCAGCUGAGAUCGACCAGAUCAACAGACAGCUGCAGUCCACGCAGGUCACUGAACACACAGAGAAGAACCUCUCCUCGCUAGUUUGGAUAUGCGCGAGUACGCAAAACAAGUGCAUCGUUAUGAUAAUAGACGCCAACAAUCCAGCGGAGGUGAUAGAGUCGUUUCCGGUUAGCGACAAACAGAUACUAUGUGUGGCCUCAGUGCCCGGUGCCAUCGACGAGGACUACCGCGAGUAUGAGGAGAGGAUGAGCACAGAGAAUGAUAGCAAGAGGCACUCUCAAUCACUCUUCUGCGUUGGUAAAGGGUCAUCCGGCGACAGUCAAAAUGGCUUGAUGAACGACGGAGCCGAAAACAGCGAUAAGGAGGUCAUUGUAGGCAGCACUAGAUUGGUAAAAGCUACACUACUGACGCCGCCAAGCACGCCCGUGAAAGAGCCGCCAGCGGGCGAAAACGACUCCACCGUGAAAGAGGAAGACAGCGAAAUACUCGGUGAAAGCCCACCUUUGAGCUCGACUCCUAUUAAAGAAUCUGAAAGGCGAGCAUCACCCGAGCCGGGCGUAGAUGCGUUUGCUCAAGAACAAUCCAACGCGGAGAGUCGCACCGAUGUCCAAGACCGAAAAAUGUCAACAGUCAUGGCUACCAUGUGGCUCGGUACUAAGAGCGGGAAUCUGUACAUACACUCAGCUAUGGGAAACUACAGCAAGUGUUUGGCUAGGGUAAAGCUAAACGACGCCAUCUUAGCUAUAGUGGCAUGCUCGUCGCGUUGUAUCGUGGCGCUGGCUGACGGCACGGUGGCCAUAUUCGCACGGCAAGCGGACGGGCAGUGGGACUUCACUCAGUACUGGAUACUGACUCUCGGAGAUCCGAAAAACUCGGUCCGCUGUCUCUGCGCUGUCGGCUACACAGUGUGGUGCGGCUACCGCAACAAGGUGCACGUGAUAGACCCGCGCUCGCGCCAACUGCUUCACACCAUGGAGGCGCACCCGCGACAGGAGAGCCAAGUGAGGCAGAUGGCGUGCGACGGAGAUGGAGUAUGGGUGUCGAUAAAAAUGGACUCCGCUUUGCGUCUAUACCACGCGCACACAUACAAGCACCUCAAAGACGUAGACAUCGAGCCGUACGUCAGCAAGAUGUUGGGAACAGGCAAGCUGGGGUUUUCCCUAGUUCGGAUCACGGGGCUUCUGAUUAGUUCAGGGAGAUUGUGGAUCGGAACUGGGAAUGGUGUGGUGAUAUCGGUGCCGUUGUCAGAGGGAGCUAAGGAGCCUCAGCCUCCAGGGAGGAGUGUACCGGGUCACGCAGCCCUAGUCCGCUCAGCGAGUCCCACCGGCGCCAUACCCUGGUGUUCCAUGGCGCACGCGCAGCUCAGCUUCCACGGCCACCGGGACGCCGUGACCUUCUUCGUUGCGGUGCCCGGCGCAUCCCGCGACAACGACCCCACACCCAUGCUUGUUAUAUCCGGCGGAGAAGGAUAUAUCGACUUCCGAAUAGCGGACUCCGAGAUGGAAGACUCGGUCGUGGUAGCCGAGGACGGCUCGAGUGGGCACAGCUCCAUGGCGGAUAGAGCCAGCAAGAGCCACCUGAUAGUGUGGCAGGUGGUCGCCUAACGGAGCGCCAGCCGCGCACGCCAGGAUUCCGAGUCGGACUACGUCUAUGUGUGCACCUCUACUAAGCCGCAGAACCCGCUCGACGUGUAAGUGUGAAUAGGACGACGCGACUGAGAAUGUAGCUGUUAUAUUGCCGUCUUGCUCGCACGGGCAAUGUGCGACGUCCGUGGUAUGACGUCACUUAUGUUGAUUGUCAAAGCUCAUAAUUUGUACGGGCAUUGGACUCCAGUGUUCUAAAUUUUGGAGUACAAUGCUUGGAGUUUCACGGGUAAUGCCCUAGUUCUUAAAACAUUCAGAUGGCAACCUUUCACCAUUAAUGCCAGUGCUACCAAAGCUAGUUGAUCUAAAUCUAUAACGUUUAAAGCGCAAUUCCAGUAAAUAUUUUUAAAAUGACUUCAUUGUCCAUGAGUUGCACCAAAUAGCUCAAUUCCCCUACUACUAUUGCAUUGCCCGUGUGUUUGGAGAUUUUCAUCAUCAUCUCACUGUCACUUCAUUCUAUCCGUCCCCAAAUUACCUAGCAUAUAGUAAGAGGCAAAAUAAACCCUUUCGGAAAAUCUUAAACUACAUUUUCGGUCGCCCAAAAGGGAUAUAAGUGGAGGUUGAAAUCAGUAUUGUAUGGGUGAAAGUUUGGUUGCGUUACGCAAAUUAGGUGUAGCUUUUGUAUUAUCAUAGUGCAGGCCCUUCUUAUUCCAUUUUACCUAUUCACACGUCCAUAUCACUGAUAUGGCUUAUAUCACACUUGUAGGGUGCGAUUGCUGACAGAGGGAAUAUUGUCUAUAUCUGUCUCUUUCUUCCAAUAGAAGAGUACACUGCUGUCUCCCUUAGAUAACAAUAUUAGACAAAGAUAGACAAUGUUGGUCAGUCAGCUAGGUGUAGUUCACACAUACGUCUCCGAUCGUAUAGCAGUGCACGGCUAAUGGACUAAACAUAUUAUGAAAUUAUUUAUACUUAUUAGUGUGCUUCUUCGUAAUACACGACGCUUUGUUUUAUAAAUAUUUUCUAUUACACAACACGCAGAAGUUAACUUGGCACCUUAUUCUAUAGAGUUUUCUUAGAUUGAGGUGCCUCCUUAACUUGUGCGUGCUAUCGCUCAUAAUCACCAUUUGUAUUUAUUCUUGAACGCGGUGUACAAAUUAUGUUAGUUUGUAAUGUUAAGCAUAAUCUCAUUUAGGUGUAAUGUACAAGGCGUAACCACCAAAUAUUUAAUAUAGUCGUAGUGUGUAGUGUUAGUCAGUUGGAGAUAGUUUUAACUGUACUCAGAUUUUUAAUGUCAGUGUAUAAAUGACAGACAAAAAAAAUUAUACGGAUAUUUUGAACUUACUAUCAAACAUAAAGAUACGCCUAUAUAAAGACGUUUGGCCAAAAAAUCAUCAUAUUAAAGUAAAAAAAAAUAAUUCCAUGUAUGGGUGACUCUCCACUCAAGGAAAACUCAUCCAUAAGAAGGUAGACAUUUUUUCGGGUAUGAAACUUACUUUUCUGCCCAAACAUAUUUAUUUCUACAAUAUAUUGUAUGUUCAAAAUAUCCGUAAUUAAUUUUUACACCAUUAUGUCUCUAUAACAAACAAAGAAAUGACAGUGAAGUAUAGUUCAAAAAUCACACUUUACUAAUAUUAAAAAUCGGAGUUUAAGUCAUCUCAUUGAUAAGGAAUCUUGUGACCGAAAGUUCACUGGCUGUGGUUGACUUCAUCACAAUAUCAUUAGUUUAAUUUUUUUUCUUUAGAAUUUUUAAUAUAUUUUUUUAACUUUGAUAAGUUAUCUAGUUUCUUUAGUACUUUGAUUAUGAAUUUGAAUAUUGAAAUUUUAAAAUAACUAGUAUUAUUAUUUUAUAUUAGGUUUUAAAUGGAAUUACGAUUAUGUAAUUAUUAUUAUACUCUAGGAGGCUAGAGUUUUUAUAUCAACAUACAUUAUGUAUUUCGAACAACCGAUGGUGCAAAUAUAGUGUGAGAUUUAGGUUGUAAC